AUGGUCCUGCUCUCAGGGCCGUGGUGUUUCAACAGAUUCUCAGUUGUGCUGGAAGUCUUGGACAUUAACGUGCAUCCCACAAGGGUUCCUCUUAUGCGUUUACCGUUCUGGGUGCAUGUAUUCGAGCUACCUUAUAACUGCUGGUCAGAAGCUGUAGCCAAAGCUUUGGCGAGUGCUUUUGCAGGUUACAUAACCUGGGACAGAAGGAAUAACAUGCGACUGGGAGCUUAUUUCAGGAUGGAGGUUUGGGUUGAUAUUACAAUCCCUCUUAUGAGAGGCCAAGCGUUGGCAUCUGAAGAUGGUGGGCAGAUGGAAGUCUUCUUCCAGUAUGAACGGCUACAUAACCACUGUUACUUGUGUGGAUUCAUGGAUCAUGUGGCUAAGGACUACGACAAAGAACCUUUGGCCGAAGAGGCAGUGGCCCCUUAUUCUGGUCUUCGCGCUGAUGACAAACCCGGUGAUUUCGAGGACUCUUCAAGGGGCAGAAAUCGAAACCGUGGCCAUGGAGGGAGAUAUGCAGAAGGCUCUAAACCUGCGUAUAAUAACACAAGAGGCAGAGAUGAUAUGGCUGAAGGCUUUGGCGGGUAUGAUGCUGAUAUUGAGGACCUAGAAUUUGAUUAUGCAGGUAAUGAUGCCGAGCUGUUUGAUAAUAAGUCUAACGACAAGCGUACUUACAAGAAAAAGGAGAGCCAGUCAGAGACAAACUCUAAGAAAAAACAGCAUGGUGAUGAUGGUCAUGAGGAAUCAGACUCAUCCUUUCCUGUUAAUGACAUACACAUGCAGCGCAAGAGGUUAAGAGCUUCUUCUUCAGCUCCAGACCGUACAGGCACGGGGGCUACUCCUCCUUUGAAGAAGCAAAACUCAGAGAUAGGAUUGGGAUCGGCGGAUGCUGCUGGGCAGCACCGCCCACCUCAAUGA